GAACAACAUAACAGGGUAAAAUUCAGAAAUGUAAGAGAACAGAAUCUACGCAGAUUUUAUCAUUGCCUAGUCUUCGUCAAAUGAACCCUUUAUUGCCACCUACCUCUUUUUAGCAGUAGUAGCAGCAACAACUUUUUUUCCUUAGAACUAUCAACUAUUCCCUUAAGUAAACCAAAUAGUUAAUUUGUUGAAUUAAUCGCAGAUGGCAGGUGGAUAUAGAGCUGAGGAUGAUUACGAUUAUCUGUUCAAGUUGGUGCUAAUUGGAGAUUCUGGUGUCGGAAAAUCCAAUCUCCUUUCUCGAUUCUCCAGAAACGAGUUCAAUCUUGAAUCAAAGUCUACUAUUGGCGUUGAAUUCGCUACCCGUAGCAUUAAGGUAGAUGAUAAGAUCGUCAAGGCUCAGAUUUGGGAUACUGCUGGACAAGAAAGGUACCGUGCAAUUACAAGUGCAUACUACAGAGGGGCUGUCGGUGCAUUGGUUGUGUACGAUAUCACUCGACAUGUCACAUUUGAAAAUGUUGAGAGAUGGUUAAAAGAACUUCGAGACCAUACCGACCAAAAUAUAGUCAUAAUGCUCGUUGGGAACAAGGCCGACUUACGUCACUUGCGUGCUGUUUCAACAGAGGACGCCAAGGCCUUUGCUGAAAGAGAGAGUACCUUCUAUAUGGAGACUUCAGCACUUGAAUCCUUGAAUGUUGAGAAUGCGUUUACAGAAGUAUUGACCGAGAUAUACAGGGUGGUCUGUCGGAAGGCACUCGAAGUUGGGGACGAUCCUACUGCAUUGCCAAAGGGGCAGACUAUAAAUGUUGGCAAGGAUGAUGUUUCAGCUGUGAAAAAAGUUGGUUGCUGCUCUGUCUAAGCUAAAAAAACCAAGAAAUCAGUGAAGUUAAGCUUUCAAAUGGCUUCUCCUAUAGUUGCAUUGAGUAUUCUCAGUUUUGAAUAUCUUAGGAAAUAUUCCACAUCUGUAUUGUUUCAUUAACUUACCUUUAGUUUGUACCCUAUUUUGCUAGUCUUUUGACUCUUUGAAAAGAUUUACUAUUAUUUAUAUACUUUUACAUUAUAUUUUUAUUUGGUAUGUUUAUGGCA